UAAUAGUAAGUUUGUAGCCUAGUUAUUGUACAUAAUAUUUUGGAGGCUAGUAGCCUAAUAACCAAACCACGUGCAUGCACCUUGACAAUGUCUUCGGAAGCAAGUUCAGUAUGCUUGCAUUUACUGUUUCUACUGCUUGUAUCUGGCACUGCAGUCUCACACUGGAUUGUCAAGACUCUUCCUGGCUUCCCUGGUUAUUUGCCCUUUAAACUUGAAACUGGAUAUAUUAGUGUUGGUGAAGUGGAAUUCUUCUACUAUUUCGUCGAGUCGGAAGGGUACCCGGGAGCUGACCCUCUCUUGCUCUACAUCAAUGGAGGCCCAGGUUGUUCUGCAUUGAAUGGAUUCUUGUACCAGAUUGGCCCAUUAAAAUUCAAUAUCUCUGAUUACACUGGGGGUUUACCGACACUGCUAUACGAACCAAACACAUGGACAAAGACAGCCAAUGUGUUAUUUUUGGAUGCACCUGUGGGUGCUGGUUUCUCAUAUGCAACAACCUCAGAAGCUUGGAACGCAUCAGACACAAAAUUGGCAGCUCAAGCCUAUCAGUUUCUGAGAAAUUGGUUGACAGAACACUCAAAUUUUGUGAACAAUCCGGUCUAUCUUGGAACCGAUUCCUAUGCAGGAGUAGUCAAUCCAAUAAUUGCCGAACAUAUCAUAAACGGCAACGAAGCAGGAAUUGAGCCUAAUGUGAACCUCAAAGGACUCGUGCUUAGUUGCCCACAUACAAGUAUGGAUCUCGAAGAAAGCACAAGAGUAACAUUUGCUCACAGAAUGGCUCUAAUAUCGGAUGCAAUGUAUGAGUCAGCCAAAACUAGUUGCAAUGGAUAUUACGUCGAUUCGACAAAUGCAAACUGCACAGAGGCACUUGCAGCAAUAUCCCAGUGCAUAGAGCUGGUAAAUGAACCAGACAUCUUGGGACCCAGUUGUGCUUUCAUAUCACCAAAUAAAGCAAAAGAAGGUGCUCAAGGAAUUCUUAGAGAUUACUCUGGAAAUUUCAUUCUACCAUGGUCUAAGAAAACAGACUUUUGGUGCAAAAAUUUUGAAUAUUUACUUAUGGACAUAUGGUUAAAUUACAAAAGUGUCCAAGAUGCUCUUCAUGUUCGACCUGGAACAGUUAAAGAAGUCUUUAGAUGCAACGUCACCUUAAACUCCGAUUACACCUACGACGUCACAAAUGCCCUUCCCUAUCUUAAAAAUCUGACCAAUUCAGGCUUGCAACUCAUAGCUUUCAGUGGCGAUCAUGACAUGGCAGUCACACAUAUUGCUACUGAAACAUGGAUAAAUGCUCUAGACCUAACAAUUGAUACUGAUUGGAGACCAUGGUUUGUUGAUGGUCAGAUUGCUGGGUACACAAGGAGAUAUACAAAUAGCGGAUACCGCUUGACAUACGCAACUAUAAAGGGAGCUGGACACUCACCAGCAGAGUACAAACGCAAGGAAUGCUACGACAUGUUUCAAAGAUGGAUCCACUACUAUCCUCUCUAGUUCUUUCCUUUCAAGUAUUGUUUUGGGAGGAAGUUUUCUAAUAUGUUUGGUAGGUUGAAGCGAAACGGCCUUCUGAGUAAUAGUCGUUACUUUGUCAUGAGAUACCCUCUAAAAUUAGCAAAUUCCUCCAUUUAGGUUUUGAAAACUGCGAUUUUGCCACUUAUGGUAAUUUUUGUUUCCUUAAUAACUUUUUAUUCAAAAAUCAGAAUAAGAUCCCGUUUGUUUUGA